GAAUUUUGCUAUCCAAGUUGUCCAGACACCGAUUGUAAUGACGAGGUGCCAGAAAACUUGGGGAUGAGUGACGCGGACACAUUGAUUGAAGGUUGCGGACGGAAAUACGUUAUUUCCAAAUCAACUCAUAAUCACAGCUACGCGUCAACGUUCUGCUGUUCCAGAUUCAUGGAACUGGCAAGUUUGGAGACGAAACGAGAAGCAAGUUGCCUGGCCACCGAAUUGAAAAAGAGAAAAUUGACCAACAUCACUUUGUGGACCUCGGGUGGCUCAGAACCUUGUCAGGACAGCAAAUCCUUCGCCUGGUGUUCUACUGGGGAAUUUGUGAAUCAGGAGGCCCUGAACGUGAGUUUGUCCACGGAGGGUGGUAAAAAGUCUGCGCUUUCAGUGAAAGCUUUGGACGACCGAGAGGGUCAAAUGGUUUUUCAAAGUGAAGAUAGGUAUGUUCGCAAGAGCAGGACAUUGUGCGAGAGUGAACAUCCAAAUAAUUGUACGCAAAUGAAGUGCUUGCAGAUCCAAUGUUCUGCCGAGAUUGCAUUAGUAAAAUCAUUGUACAAGGGAAUCAAGGCACGUUACAAAAUUGGAUACCUCUUCACCUCUGGUUGUGGGUCAAAGGAAAUUGAUAUUAAUCACGAUAAUAUUAAGAACACCUUCUUUGGUGGGUACAAGUGGUGCUGCGCGGACAACGGCACAUUAUUGUCAAUUGAAACAAAAGAAAAACUAACGUGCCUGGAGAACCUUUUCCGAGAGAAAAACGUGCCAAAGAAUCGGUACUGGGUUUCAGGCGCCUCGCUUGGUUGUGCGAAAUUUAUUGGCAAAUGGUGCAACAGCAGGGAUGAACCUUUGAUUGGUGACCACAUUAUGUGGGCACCAGGGGAACCGUCGAAAGACCCGAACAAGGAGUGCGUCUAUGCCGACUACGACAACGUCACAUCGAAAUUCACUUUUGGCAAGGCAGGGUGCAAAACUUCCAUUUUCUUCAUCUGCGAGGGAAUAAUGCCAAUGUAA